CAAACUGGUCCGGCGGUACAUAUAUCCGUAGUUCAUAUGUCAAAACACCACAACCUCAUCCCAUCCCAUCAUCCUCGACGUCUGUCCCAUGAACUACCCCGCGACAAAUGCCGAACAAUUGAAGCAUUCAUCCGGGACGGUCCACGAGCCUUUUAAUCGCAGCAUCUAUGGAUAAUGCUUCCAGGCUAAACUGACGGCACUCAUGUUUCUGUCAUGGGAUGGUACCUGCCUGCCACUAUAAGCUUUCAUGCACUAUGCAAUCAGCCGGCGGUAGAAAUGGCGGGGAUCCGAUUUUAGAGCGGAGAAUUUCAAAGUCCAUCAAAGCUUCCAUGGUCGCCGAAUAAUAGAGUUGACGAUCGAAUUGAAGCAUAUAGCGAUGAUCCUGCUGAUCCCAUGAUAAUUCUAUCAUGGUUAAUGAUCACAUCGAACUCGCGGCAUUCUAAGAUGACUGAUGAUCCCGCUGAACUCAAGCCGCUAGACGCAUAACAAGCAUUGAAUGCAACGUCGGCUCACACCGUUCAUGGGACUACGGUCCUAUUCUCCUAAUUUGAAAUAAGCCACCAUUACCCCACCAUAUAAACGACUCUACAUCGACUUGGCGGAAAACUGCCUAAAUGAUGAUCGAAUCUACCGGGACCCGUUGACAGGCCUGACAGUAAGAUGCCUUCAUCCGGAACCCGUUUGUAGGCGUGUAUAAAGGCACGACACUUCCACCCAGGUCCAUGAACAAGACCAGCCACCAGAACUCUUAAAACGGAUCACUUCUACAAAUCCAGCAAAAUGGUCUCCUUCACCUACCUCCUUGUUGCUGCGUCCGCCGUCGCCUGCGUCUUCGGCGAAGAGCCUACCAGCCCCAACCCCCGCCUCAAGAAGCGCACGAACCAGACCGGUACACAUGAUGGGUACUACUACUCCUUCUGGAGCGACGACCAAGGCCAGGCAACAUACACCAACAAGGCCGGCGGUGAGUACGCCGUGACCUGGGGCGGCCAGGGCAACUUCGUCGCAGGAAAGGGAUGGAACCCCGGAAAGGCCCAGACAAUCUCCUACUCCGGAACCUUCAGCCCCAACGGUAACGGCUACCUCUCCAUCUACGGCUGGACCCGCAGCCCACUGAUCGAGUACUACAUCGUCGAGUCCUUCGGGACCUACGACCCCUCCUCAGCCGCCGCCCUCAAGGGCACCAUCACCGUCGACGGCAGCGUCUACAACAUCCUCCAAACCACCCGCACCAACCAGCCCUCUAUCGACGGCACCUCGACCUUUCAGCAGUUCUGGUCCGUCCGCCAGAACCACCGCACCAGCGGCUCCGUCGAUGUCGCUGCGCACUUCAACGCCUGGGCUUCGCACGGCAUGAACUUGGGGACGCAGCACAACUACCAGAUUGUUGCUUCGGAGGGUUACCACAGCAGUGGAUCGGCUGAUAUCACUGUUGGGUCGGCUGGCACUGGUACUACACCUACCAACCCGCCUACUUCGAGCACCCCACCUUCCAGUGGCAACUGCGCUGCCCUGUACGGACAAUGUGGUGGACAGGGCUGGACUGGCGCCUCUUGCUGCGCUUCUGGAACUUGCAAGCUUUCCAACCAGUGGUACUCCCAGUGCUUGUAAAUUGUCAAGCAAAACAUCUAUUCAAGUAUUUAGUUAGGGGUGGUUGCACUUGCGGCCACCUCUUUUAUAUAGUCAAGUCCUUUUAUAUAGUCAAGUUGUCAUCUAUAUCAAUUGAUUUAUACCUAAUGG